GCAGGAGGACCAAAGUUGCAUCUCAAGUUUCUGGUGGGAAUUUCUUCUUUGUUACACCAGAUCCCCAUGUUGUGCAACAUGGCUUAAAUUUGCUCCAAUACUGUUUCAGGACGUACUCCACAGUCUGCUGCAGAAUCAGCUUAUUGGGGAUAGUCUGCAAAGUUCAACAAUGAAUCUUACAAAUGGCCAUGCUGAGAUUGAUUAUCAAACAUGUGGAAACGAGUUAAAGAUCCAAGGAAACGCAUUGUAUAAAGCUGGCCGCUAUGUACAAGCUCUAAGAACAUAUGACAUGGCCAUAGGCGUUAUGUCAGAUGGGGUUUGUUUGGGCAUAAGCAAUUUAAUAAAAGAAUUAGCAGUGCUGUGGAACAACCGUGCCAAUGCCCUUUUCAAACUUGAAAAAUGGGAAGAGUCCCUUUUUUCUGCCCAGCAAAGUCUUCAACUGGAUCCAAGUUUUGUCAAGGCCUACUACCGUGCUGGAUAUUCCUUGGUAAAAUUAUAUGAUAUACAUUCUGCAUUGAAUGUUUUUGUCAUGGGACUUAUGCAGGUUACUUACACCGCAGAUGGCAGUGUGGUAGUAGACUUUCUGCAUGGUAUAUUCAUGGCCUAUGAAGCCAGUGGAGUGAAUGAUGUUUUCAUAGAAUUAUAUAAUCGUAUCUUAAGACAGAGCUACAAUACACAAAUCUGGAAGUUACUUAUUGUUAAACUCGUGAAAGAACAAAUGUACAAGUCCUGUCUUUUUUUGAUGUCAUCACGUGACAGACUGACUAAAGAUGUUAAGGACCUGAAAGCACCACUGGGAGGCAUAUUUGAGAAAUAUGUGAGUUCUACUUCAUGCGAGAAGUUGAAUCCCAUCAGUCAGCUUGUCACUUGGCUUAUAGAGAUGGGUGCUGAUGUGGACACCAUUGGAGAGCAUUCUCUUCAUGCUGUUAUCAAGCUCUGCAUGAAAUCAGUAGACAGCAGACUUUUCCAUCUAGUCUUAAGAACCAAACCAGCCAUGAAAAAACUGAUAAAUGAGAAAGACAGCGAUGGGAACACAGUGCUGCACCUUGUGGCAUCUUUUUCAUCAAAUGAUUAUUCACCAAAGCGCCAAGCACAAGAUGUAAAGAUGCUCCUGAAUUAUGGAGGUGACCCAUGCAUUGCCAACAAACAGGGAAAGGAUGUCGCAAGUAUUCUCAAACGAAAUAAAAACUUCAAAGCAGAGGACAUAAUAAAAAAGCAUCUGGCAAGUCAGAUUCCUGCUGAAGUUAAAUCAACCAGCUCAUCAGAAGUGUGCAGUGUUGUAGAAAUCAAGACCGAUUCACUUGAAUAUGCGUUGGAGCAAUUCACAGCCUUCUGUAAACAAACUGAUCAAGAUAAUACAUUUUUUGAACAUGAAUCCGUCAAGAAUUUUCUGCGAGUUCUGUCUUCUGUGAAAGAGAUUCCCCCUGACAUGAUAUGUGACAUCCCGGAUUCUAUGAUUGAAAGUCUCAUCACAAAGUUAAUACAGGAGCAGAAGUGGAAGGAGGUUCUGCUUCUUCUUACAAGAGAUACCAGUGGGGAGUCUACUCAGAGAGGACUGAUGAAAAGAUGUCCUCUUCCGAAUAUCAACAUUUGCCAUGUUCUAAGUCAUCUUAACCCCACAACGAAGUAUCGGUUGUCUUUAAUCAAGUUACUUUUAGAACAAGGAGUUUCUCCUAACGGUAUUGGAGACAUUGCAGAACAUCCGAUUUCUACAUGCUUAAAUAAAAGUGAUUUUGCUGUGGCCUGCUUGAUACUACGUAGUGGUGGAGAUCCAGAGAGAAUAUCCAUCACACAAGGAGACACUCCUCUGCAUGCUGUAGUUUCCAUUGCCUUGAAUAACCAAGGUGAUAAUGGAGUUUUGAUGACCAAACACCUUCUGGACCUGUACUCUAAAGAGCCACUGAAAUAUCCCUAUUUAGAUCCCAACACUCAGGACUACAAUGGGGAUACAGUUAUGCAUAUGGUUUUUCAAAGCAAUAACCCCAAACAGUAUCGCAGAAUAAUGGACCUACUUGCAAAAUUUGACAUCAAGCUAACAAUAAAUAAUAGCUUGGGAAGAGAUGUAAAGUACAAGAUAAAGAACACAGACCCCCAUUUUAUUGCUUGGAAUGAUGCUAGAAAGAAAUGCAAACAUAAUCAGCCACCACCUUUAGCAAAGUCUAGUAAGACACUGACUAGUAAAAACACGACUCAACUUAAGGCUCAGUCAAAACCACUGUCUUCUGCUUCUCUGCCUGACUCUGGGUGUAACCAAUCUGUGGAUACAGAUCCCCUUCUGCCACCUGAGAAAUUUGUAGAACACAUCAAGAAGGCAAUGACUCCAAGAGACAGUCUUGAGCAAACCAUCCGUGAUUUAAUAAAUUCCAUGGAACCGAGCAAAUGCCCAUCUGUGUUUGUCAGUGUGAGGCCAUCUCUGACUGGACAGCACAGAGAAGAGAAUACCACUGAGAUACCUGUAGUCCAUACAGACAGUGUCCCGGACUUUGAUAAGGCUUUGAAUGAUAAUUCUUCAGUGGUGAGUAAUAUUAAUGAGUGUGGUGAGAAUGGCUCACUAGUGCAUGACGAUAAUGAAGAAGACUUUGAACUUGUGGAAGAGAAUAUUGACCUUUCAAAUUUAGACUUCAAUAAUAUGACUUGGGAGAUUGAGUGUUCUCCAGAAGCCCUGAAGAAAUUAGGAAGCAAGGCAGUACCACAGUACAUGAAAAAUAAAAUCAUUAUUUCUAUUCAGAAGCUUGCAAAUGGAGAGUGGACCCGUAGUCUCCACAAACACCUUAAAUUGAAGAGCAAUAUCAAGUUGUAUGAAGUUAAGCUGGACAAAGGUGCCAGGCUUCUCUGGGAGCUUGCAAUCGAUUUUUCACCCCGAUGUAGUGAGGACCCAGAAAAAAUCUUGGCUACACAGCUGGCAUCAGAAAAAACAGGAAGGAUCUAUACUGAAAUAAUAAGGAUCUGGGAUAUUGUUCUUGACCACUGCAAACUUAAUCAUGCUAUCGAAAGCAUAUGCAGUGCUUACAACAGAGGUUUGACAUGUAUCCUGAGAAAAAAGCUGAAGGGCAUAACAAAGGUUAGAAUUUUCUCAAAUGCACAAAAGCGUAUUCCUAGGUAUUUUCUGGAAGACACUGAAUUGGAAAGAGACAUGGAGCCUUCUAUCCCCGAUUAUUUCCCCCCAGCUAGUGCAGCUGAAACGGAAUACAAUAUUUUGAAGUUCCACAGCUUCAGCACAGACAUGGCACUGAACAUAUUAAGCAAUAUGAACUACAGAGUUGAGUAUCCCUUCCGAGUUGGUGAAUUGGAAUAUGCUGUGAUUGAUCUAAAUCCCAAACCCAUGGAAACUAUUAUAUUAAUUGGCAGAAGCGGCACAGGAAAAACAACUUGUUGUUUGUAUCGCCUCUGGAAGAAGUUUCACUCAUACUGGGAAAAAGCAGAGUCAGUUGGCCCGUGGCUAGUAAAGCAGACCUGGCAACGGAGGAAGUUUUCUGAAAACGUGGAAGGUAAUGAUGACACAGAUAAUGAAGAGAAUUCUGAAACAGAAUCAUCUGACUGUGCAUAUGAAGAGGAAGCACCAGAACCAGAGAACAUAGAUGCAGACGAUAAUAUGCCAGAACAUGGGGAGGAAACCACUGUUAAAUUGGAACACUAUCAUCCUGUUUUUAUUACAAAAAAUCAUGUCCUUUGCCAGGAAGUACAAAGAAAUUUCCUUGAGUUAAGCAAAUCUACCAAGUCAACAAGUCAUUUCAUGCCAUUGGAGCCUAAUGUUUACAGGUUUCAAGAUAUCAAAGAUGAGAACUUCCCUUUGUUUAUAACCUCUCAGCAGCUGCUAAUGCUGUUGGAUGCCUCCAUGCCUGACCCAUUUUUUCCUAGAAAUGACGAUGGAAGUCUUAAAAGGAAUAUAGUUGGUUGGUCUACAUUGGAUAAUAUUGAUAUAAUAGAUUUGUUAAGAGAGGAUGAGGAGAUUGAGCCUGACCCAGAAAAUGAGGAAGAGGAAAAUAACUGUGAUCUUAAAGAGACUGACCCUCGCAUUUUUGUAACCUUUGAGUUAUUUGCCUAUGAGCUCUGGCCUAAAAUAAAAGGAAAGUCUCCUUACAAUGCAGCACUGGUUUGGAAAGAGAUUAAGUCAUUUUUGAAAGGCUCUUUUGAAGCAUUAAGCUGCCACCAAGGUAGACUCACAGAACAGGAGUACAUGAAACUUGGCAGGAAAAGAGCCCCAAACUUUGAAGGAGACAGGAAGGAAAUCUACAGUCUCUUCUGCACAUAUGAACAAAUGAAGUGCCAGCUGGGGUAUUUUGAUGAAGAGGAUGUCUUGUAUAAUUUAUCUUGCAGACUGUCAAAGCUUGAGGAACUGCCAUGGUCAAUUCAUGAGCUUUAUGGGGAUGAGAUUCAAGACUUCACCCAGGCAGAGCUCUUUCUGCUAAUGAGAUGUAUUAAUGAUCCCAAUUCCAUGUUUCUUACUGGAGACACUGCACAGAGCAUAAUGAAAGGGGUGGCAUUCCGUUUCAGCGACCUAAGAUCCUUAUUCUAUUUUGCAAACAAGAAUGGUUCUGAUGGCAAGAAAAAUUGCAUUGUUAGAAAACCAAAGCAACUAUAUCAUCUGUAUCAAAACUAUAGGUCUCAUUCUGGGAUUCUUCAUCUGGCUUCUGGUGUUGUGGAUCUGCUGCAAUACUUUUUCCCAGAGUCUUUUGAUCGACUACCACGGGACUGUGGGUUGUUUGACGGCCCAAAGCCAACAGUGCUCGAGUCUUGCUGUGUUAGUGACCUGGCUAUAUUAUUACGUGGCAACAAAAGGAAGACACAGCCAAUUGAAUUUGGAGCACAUCAGGUGAUUUUGGUGAAAAAUGAGAUUGCCAAGGAAAAUAUCCCUGAGGAAUUGAGUCUUGCCCUGGUUCUAACUAUUUAUGAAGCAAAAGGCUUGGAAUUUGAUGAUGUACUCCUGUAUAACUUCUUCACUGACUCUGAGGCUUCUAAGGAAUGGAAAAUUAUUUCUUCUUUUAAUCCAGUUGUAAUUACAAAUGAGGAGAGGCAGCCACUUAUUGAAGUUCCUUUGGAAAGCUCUUCUAAUCGUACUAAUAGACAAUUACUAGUGGAUCCAGAAAUGCACAAGAUAGUAAACGGGGAAAUGAAACAACUGUAUACAGCUAUCACCAGAGCCAGAGUAAACCUGUGGAUAUUUGAUGAAAACCAGGAGAAGCGAGCGCCUGCCUUUACAUACUUCAUGAAAGGGAAUUUUGUGAAAGUGGUUCGGACAGAUGUAAACAAAGAUAUUGAUGAUAAUAUGUUUGUGAAAACUUCCACUAAAAAAGAAUGGAUUUCUCAAGGAGAUUAUUAUGCCAACCAUCACUGUUGGAAGGUUGCUGCAAAGUGUUACCAAAAGGGUGAAGCAUUGGAGAAAGAGAAACUUGCCUUUGCCCAUGAUGAAGUAUUACAGCUGCAGUCUAGAAAAGCCAGUCCAAGGGAAAAACAAAUGGGAUACAUGAUGCUUGCCAAGACCUACUUAGAAUGCAAAGAAGCAAAACUGGCUCUGAAAUGUCUAAUGAAGGCCAAUAAGUUUAAACUUUGUGGAGAACUUUGCAAAAAACUUGAAAAGACCAAAGAUGCAGCUUACUUCUACAAGAAAGCACAAGAGAACAAAGUUGCUGCCCAGUUGUAUGAGCAGAGUGGAGAAUUUGAAGCAGCACUUAACCUGUAUUACCAUGGGAAGAUGUAUGAAGAAGCUGCUGAUGUUAUUGAAAGGCACCACAGGAAGCAUCCUGAUGCACCAUUACAGUUCAAUGAGAAACAGUUCUAUUUAGAAGCUUCUGCAGAAUACUUCAGAAACAAUAAACUCAAAAAAAUGAGUGAAAUGCUUUCUAAACUUGACGUUGAAGAUCAGUUGGUCUUCCUUAAGAAUCGAAGAUGCUGGAGUGAAGCAGCUGACUUGCUUAAGAGUAAGAACAGAUGUGAAGAAGCAGCAUGUUUUAUGCGAGAGAAUGGCAGGUUGUUAGAAGCAGCAGACCUGACAAGAAGGAGAGCGUUUCGAGCAUCCUGCUUGCUUGCAGCAGCUCGUCACAGCAUAGCAAACGGUAAAAACCCUGGCACAAUUCUUUCCGAGGCUCUGCAGCUCUUUACAGACACAAACAACCAAGUUGAAGCCUCGGAGACUAUCCUCCUUCAAGGAAUUUUGGAGAGUGAUUUUGAAAAAAUCAGGAAAUCAUUUUUUUAUUUCAAGAAAUCAUCUCAUCAUGCUGGUGUUGUAGAAGCACUCCUUGAAGCUUCAAUCUGUGAUGAGUCCAACCCUAAACUAUUGACAUUGGCUUCAUAUGGUCUUGAGUCUCUGGUGACACUCCUAAAAGCAUUAAAGGAUACAAAAAGUAAUGCAGAGCGGGAGAUGGUGAAGUACUGUCUAGAAUUUUAUGGCCUUGUACAAGUGGAUGAACACCAAUGCUCUAUUCUUCAACAUGAAGGGGCAAGAUUUUUACAAAUAAAAGUAGAAGAGGAUAAGGAACCGGUAGAACUCAAAGAUGUGAAGUUGUGGUUGCAAAAUCACUUUCUAAAAAAGCUAUUUGAAAUAUCUAAAAUGGUCCUAGGAAACCCUUACCCAGAUGUUUGUGACAAGUACAUAAUAGGUCUAGAGUGUACAGAUGAAAAUUGUCAAAGUUUGCAGAUGAAAAAUGUGCACGAGCCUUUACAACAUUUUCAGUUGAGAAAAAUAUUGCAGUCUAAAGUCAAUUUAAUCACUAUUUGUGGAUUGCUGGUUGAAGCACAAAACAUAUCCAAAGAUUUCUCUGAUGAUCUCGAAGAAAUUGUCAAAGCUCAUGGGUAUAAUUACUGCAAUUCAUUUUUAAGGCUUGUUUUCUCUAAACAUUUCCAUCUUCGUGUACUUUCAGAAAACUCAAAAAUGUGCAGAGAUGUCCUUCUCAAAUUUCCAGUGCCAGGAAUAACCAUGCUAAACAAAUUCCUGGGCUCCCUCUUCACAGAAGAUAAACGAAGUAGAAGAGAGUCAACUGACUUCUGGCUAAAAGUAAUGCAGAUAUGUAGCUUACAAUCACGGUAUCCACAUAGUCUGCAGCGUUUCCUUGAAAUGGAGGAGAGAGCUUAUAGCGAGGAGUAUAACAAGCAGAACAGGAAGGUUCAUUAUUCACAAGGAAUUGGUAACCGCAUAAAGUAUCCCGAAGGCAGACACGGCAUGCUGAAACCUGAAAAAUCAAGCAUUUCAUCAAAAGUGACUCACAUCCAUUUUUUUCGGCUGCUACAAACUUCUUUACAGGAGCUGUAUGUGACCAGAGACCCAGAUAGCUGCAAGCGACAUUUUUACAGGUUUAUGAAUUUGCUAGUCAGGAAAUGUGUUGAGCCAUUGAUUCCUAACAUCGGAAACACAGUGAUGCUUCUAGAGUUCCAGUUUAUUCUCUGUAGUGCCACACUGAUGCGAUUUUGCAAGGAGGCUACAGUUGUACUUCCAAAAAGUUACAUUUCCAUUCUCCACUAUUGGGAAUUCAUGUUUGGAAAGAAAGGUUCUCUGAAAGAUACAUAUGCCAUCUUGUGGGAAUACAAACCAAAGGAUCUUCGUCAGCUUACAUGGGAGUUCAGGCAUCAUCUUUUUUAUCUUGCUGCUGUUCUUGUUGGUGAAGAGAAUACGGAGUUCAAUGUUCUUCUUGAUGCAUUCAGUUGUGUAGAUUGUGUUACUUCAGGAGAAGCUGAAAGAACAUUAGUGCUUUGGUUAGUAAUGAUGGUAAAUCUUACUGGUGUUGUUAAUGAAAAAGCAAGACCUAUACUCACAAACUAUAUUCCAAUGAUCCAGAACAAGCUGAUAUCUCUAAUAAAUGAAUUCCCCUCAAGAGUUCCAAGUAGGUUGAUUAGUGCUGUUGACAAAGUUGCUUCAACUGAGAAUACCGAAGAUCUGAUUUCCGUGCUCCAAGAAUUGCUGGGACAACGUGAUGAUGAACGCUUGGUGGAAUGUUCAUGGAGGUGGGACAUAAUGUAUAGCAAAGGGCAAGUACGUGGAAUUUACUUUGAUGAUAAAUUCAAGUUUAGAAAGUUUUCUUACGUUCAAUACAAUAUUCAAAAUGUUAAACCCUUCUCCAUGGAUAAUGAGCAAGAAGAAUUUGAGGAAGAGAAAGUUGAUCUCUUGGCAGCCAUGGCAGCUGAUGUAGAAAAGCAAAUUGCCUCACGAAAGAUGCAUACGGUAUUUCUUGUUGCAUACAUCUGUAUAAAGUGGAAAAAGGCUACCAAUCACAUGUCGAAAACGCACAUGGAAGAGGUGAUUCCAGAUAAUUUUAAAAGGGCAUAUGUUGACCGAACCCAAUGUGACUUAUGUGGAGUGAAAUUUUCAAAAGUGAUGACAUUCUCUGACCCGCUAGAAAUUGAAGAAGACCCAGAAGAAGUUGCAACUCCAACCAUGAAAAAUAUUGAGGAAAUUCAAUUACAAGAUGUGAGAGAAAAUUAUGAAAAUCACACUGCCCAUGAGAAACAUAGAGAGCAAAACAAGGCCUACAGAAAGUAUCUACAGUUUUUUCAACUUACAGUGGAUACAGUGAUCAAUGAAGGAAAGUCUCUUAUAGAAACUAUGGAGCACACUUCAGCAAACAGAUUAACCUCAAGGGAAGAGUUACGCUUGGAACAGACUAAGAUAGAGAACAAAAUUAAAAUAAUUACUGAAUUGAUGGAAGAUAUCUAUGAGCGAAAGAACUGGGCUCUAGCUGAGGAGUUAAUGAUAAACCCUGUGAAUGAUUUGGCUAGCAGUAUUUCUAAAGGGGCCAAGUUGCUGAAGAAGACUGAAUACCAGAUGCCAAAAACAGGAGAACUGCAAGAGGAUUACGAAAUUGACUUCCUUGGUUUUGAUGAGCUUUGUCCUAAGAAAAAUAAAAGGGGCAAAAGAAAGUCUAAACGUCACUGAUUCUUCAUUUCAUUUUAAGUCACAUGUGAUAAGAGACUAUCUGUGUGUAAACAAGUUAAUUGUAUUUUUUUAAUUGUUAGUGUUUUAACCUUUUCCUUGUUUUAUAAAAAAAAAAAACACGAGGACGUGCUGACCGACAGUAUAUUAAGUAAUAUACUGUGGAGGCCUGUUUACUUCUGUUUAAAUUGGGUUUUAUUAAGGAAAUCAGAAGAUGACCACAUUUCCAUUUAUAAUGUAUGAUAAUGAAUACUAUUGCUUUACACAAAUCCUUAUCGGACAUCUGAAUAGUUUUGGAGUACAUACUGCGAUGUUGCACCACGUGGGGCUGUAAAUCGAUUAACAGUGGCCUUCUGAAGUUUAUGGGAACAAUUACUUCUCACGUAUUCUAUUGUCUGUUUUGGCACAUCCGUUUUGUAACAGCCUGUAGCGUAGUAUUUUGCUCUUGUUUUUUCAUGGCAUUGGUUUUCAGAAAAAUUAAACAAAAAAAAAAAACCUGAACAGGACCCCAAAACUUAACACAAUGCACAGAACUUGUUCUUUUCUACAGUCAACUAAUUCAUUUACUGUACUUUUUAUUAAAUGUUUUAUUUAGUUGGCAUGUCUUAUGUAGAUUGUCUUUGCACUUGUACUAAAAACCGUUAUAAAAUUCUGAACUUAACUUUUUUUAUUAUUUUUUUAUUUAAAUUUGCUGCGGUCUGUAUAUUUAUUGUUCCACAUAUUAUGUCCUUGCAUUUGUUGCAUUUAAUUUUGUAUGAUACUGCUUCAAGUUUAGAAAACUUAAAAUUGGCCAUAUGUCUGCAGCUGUAUUCAUUAAUAAUGCGUACUGUAUGUACGCAAGAUGUGUGUUCUUUUUCUUUACAGUGGCAGACCAUUUAUAUUUUGAAAAAUCAAUUUUGGUACAGUCGAUUAAUUGAUUAAUGCACACAUUGAGCAACUUCGUACUUUCUUGUUAAGCUGUAUUUGAAUAUUUUGUUCAAAUAUAUUUGUCAGGUAAAUUUAAAAAAUGUUUAAUCAGCUGAAAAUAUUCUCAUAUAGUUCCAAAAAAAUAAAAUCUUUUUCACUCUUCUUUUAAUAAUAUAUUUUCUUUUAAGGUAAAAUUGCAUAUUAUAGUGCUUGCUUUCUGCUUCCAGUGACACUUUUUUUUGUUGUCCAUAAAGCAAUCAUAUAUACAGUAUAUUUUUAAAAUGUCCUGGUCUUUGCAGUUUGCAAUAAUAUAUUAUUUUUUUGUACCUGUUUAAUAAAGUUUAAUGUUGUAAUCACAUUUGGAAAAUGUUAAUUUU